AUGUUACUUAACACUAUUAAUUUUUAAGGAAAAAUCAGACAUAAUGCCUAAGCAACUCCAAAAAACUCUCUCAGAUUACCUUUCAAAGAAAAAAAAUAAAUCUACUGCACCACAACAACCUGCUGUUUCCACCGUUAAGACUCUCUCAUCUCCAACGAACUGGUGGUUCCGUGGGUGUAGACACCCAAAAACGCCAUCGUUCUCCGCCAUUGAUCACAAAGAGAAGAAUGUACAAGCCAAAAAUGAUGCUGCAACACUUGCAGAUGUUGAUCGUUUCGUCUUUGAGAACUUCAAAUCCUUUUAUUCCAAAGAUGAUAAUAGCGAAACUGAAGGUAAUAAAAUCAGUAACAGCAACAUCGUGAAGAAAGGCAAGAAAGAAGAAAUCAUUGCUCAAAACAAUGAAGAAAAUGCAGGAGGUUCGAAAUCUUUAUCCGAAUCUCCGAGUGUUCCAAGAUCUCGACGUUUUUUCAUGGCACCUGGUUCGUCAAGCUCUUUAAUUGAAGUAGCAGCACGGGCAAGCAUGACAAUUUCUGACGAUACUGGAUCGACAUCAGCCAUCACCACGACCAACACGACAAAUGAAACAGUACUGAAUCCGGAUGAUUUUAUUACACUCGUAACGUACUCUCCAAGUCCAUAUGAUGAUUUCAGGCAAUCGAUGCAGGAGAUGAUGGAAGCGAGGUUGAAUGAUCAAGGCAAAAUCAAUUGGGAAUUUAUGGAAGAGCUAUUGUUUUGUUACCUUAAUUUGAACGAUAAGAAAUCGUACAAAUACAUACUUAGUGCAUUUGUCGAUCAAGUCAUCGUUUUGCGUGAAAACUCCGGCAGAGUCCCGGCGAUAUCACGGAGUGUUCGAACAUUGGAUGGGGAAUUAAGCAAAAGGAAUAUGUAACGUAAGAAAUUAGUCACAGGUUCAAUUAUGAUUUAGUCAAAUGUAUUGAGAGGGACCAACAAUUGAAUUGUUACUUUUUUGUUGCUUCCCAUGCAAAUAUCAAUAUUUUAUUAUCACUUUAUCUAAGAUUUAGUUAAGAGAUGUUGCAUAUAUGUUCAUAAAAAGUGAUUAUGAACAUGACAUAAAGGAAAUAUACUAUAAUUAAUGAGCUAGAAUAUAUUAAUAGUGGUAAUUGUUGUAUAAAUUAUUUAUUAUCUUUGUGCAUAUGAAAGGUAAAUCCUUUCUUUAUUUAUUAGAGAGACCUGCAAACAUCUAGAGCUCCUUUUGUAGUUUUGUUCCUGCCAUGCUCCACUCUUUUGAGACGGGGAGAAAUGGAGAAGGGGAUUAAAAAGUUGGUCGCAAUCAACCAAUGCUCCAAUCAAAGUUUUAAUUGAUUCCAUUUAUUUCUCACGGAGAAUUGGAAAUAGUUUAUUUUAUUAAAAUUAAAAAGAAAUCUAGGAUGUAUGUGGCAUGUGACUAAAAAAUAUUUUCUACUUGUGAGUCUCAAACAU